CGAGAUGGUGAUAGAAGGCACCCAGCCCUUUCUCAUCCAACGCAACAAGGUGCUACAGACAGCGAGGAGGGCAGUGAAUAAGUCAGCCUUUGACUUCAGGCGCCCUGUAUAUAUUGAGUUUUCAAAUGAAGACGUCGGCUUAGAAGAUGGUGCAGAUGAUGGCGGACCAAGGCGGGAAUUUUUUACCGAACUGAUGAAGGAUUUAAAGGUGCAGUUGUUGGAGGGUGAAGGUGGGUCAUUCCGACACGACGUUGGAGCCCUAGAAGCUGGUCGCUACAGGGAAGCCGGAAAGAUGGUCGCUUGGAGCAUACUCAAUGGCGGACCAGGUUUUCCGUUUUUAAGCGGAUCAACCUAUGGUUUCCUGGUUGGGCGAGAGGUUGGAGACAUCCGUCUGGAGGAUGUACCAGAUAUACAUGUCCAUGAGUUUAGGAUAACCUGUCAAGACGAGAAAACCACCAACUGGAUGUUAGAUUCUGGAAUAAUGAAACCCAUUUGUAAUAUUGGGUUGGAUGACAAGGAGGACUUGGUCCGUCAGCUGUUCAAAUCACACAUGUUCUACAGGAUUCACGCAGAAAUUCAGGACUUUCGAAAAGGACUACACGAUCUUGAAAUGCUGAAGUACAUAACUGGAUCAUCCGAAGCCACUGAAUCCCUCUUCGUUGAUACUGUUGGGCCUAUAAACUAUCGGCAGCUAAAAUCGAUGUACACAGUGCAUUUAUCCCCUCUUGGCUACAACAGAUCUCAAGAAGACGUCACGAUGUUUGCCCGGGAAGAUUUCCUUCGUACUUGUGAGAGUGGAGACAGCACAGUCACAGUCGCUGACAUACUGAGGUUUUGGACGGGGUCUGAGCGUGUCCCACCUCUUGGUUUUGAUAACAAUAUAUCAAUCACUUUCGUCCCGAAAAGAACGCCAGCUCCACUACCAGUUGCCCAUACUUGUGGCUUGGUUUUGGAGUUGAUGCGGAGAUUUGACGCCGGCAUGUUUGAAGACAAAAUGACGUAUGCUAUAAAUCACAGCGGCGGCUUCUUUAUUGCUUAACUAUAAAUUUGAUGUGUGAUACGUAUGUCGGUAUACGAGGGGCGUUCCGAAAGUUGUCAGCCUAACUAUAUUAUCGAUGUCAAAUGUUCGUAAAGCUUCUAUUUUAUUUUAAAGGUCACGUGCAACCCAAAAAAAAACAAACAUAAUAUAAACGCAAUUAUUACUUAUCGAUGACAUAUAAUAUACACUGCUGAUUGUCAAAAAAACCAAAUAAACCAAAUAAUAAGUGCCCAAUCGCAAAUCAAAAGUGCAAUAUUUUGUACUUGGGUUUGCUUCCCUCGAAACGAAGUACCCGGGAGACCGAACCCAGUCAGAGCGGGUGGGUGUACUCAAGUGUAACGAAGUCUCUCAUUGGCUGGUUCAUUUGCCGAUACUCUGAGGGCUCAUUGUGAGUGUGUAU